AACAGGGCGAUGGAGGUCGCAAUUAGUAAUGUGUUGCCUGACACGGCUCACCGCUGGUGCAAGUGGCAUGUGCUUAAGAAGGCAAAGGAAUCGCUCGGCCCAUUAUACUAAAAAAAAGUGAUUUCCGACCAGAGUUUCACAACAUUGUCAAUCACAUGUUAACGAUAGAUGAGUUUGAAGAAGGUUGGAAGUACCUCAUAGAGAAAUACAACUUGAAAAAUCACGAUUACAUGACCAACUUGUACGAGAUACGUCACAAAUGGCAAAGCCAUUUUUCAAGGGUGUAUUCUGUGCAAAGGUGACUAGUACCCAACGGAGUGAAAGCGCAAACCACAUGUUGAAGAACUACGUGCCUCCUGGAUGCCCAAUGCAUAUGUUUGUUAGGAAGUAUAUGAGUUUAAUCUUUGACAGGGAGUCCGAGGAAAAUUACGAGGAGAAGUGGACAGCAAUCGUAAGAAGGGAGGCCGCUUAUGCGACCUAAUAUGGCAACCGAAAGGCAUGCUGGGCAGAUAUACACCAGAGCCAUGUUUGAACAAUUCGGUCAUAUAUUGUACGAGUGUGGCGCAUAUCAAGUGGAAGAGAUCGAAAAGGGUAAAGAGUAUGUUGCAAUACAUACAGAUGCUGCGCGGAGGGAGAAAUGGUGCAGAACUUCAUACAAGGUGUCUGUGCUUGAUGGAGGAGAAGAAUUUGACUGCGAGUGUGGUCAGUUUGCACACAUGGGGCUGUUGUGCAGCCAUAUACUGCAGGUGCUUGACUUCAUUCGUGUGACAGAAAUACCAAAGAAGCAUAUUGUGAAAAGGUGGACAAGGGAUGCAAGAGACAUACUUCCAACACACCUGGUGCAGUACCAGAAGGACAAUGCUCAAGAGAACCCAUUUAGUUUCCGGCACUACAAUAUGUACAUGCAAGCUAUGGAGCUUGUCCGGAUGGGGGACUCAAGUGUGGCAGCUUACAAACGUUUGACAGAACUGUUCAAAAAUUGUGUAUCAGAGAUGAAGCCAUUCACAGAAAUACGGGAUGGGUUGGGGUUGGAAGACAGGUUAGCUGGCAGCAUGAGGGUUGUGAACAUGGUACAAUCAGAUGGCGAUUUGUGCGAGGGUGUGGAUGGUUCACAUAUGAACUACCAAGAUGCUGGCAGCAAUUCAGCUAAUGAGUCCGGUAAUCGAAUGCAGAACUUGUUAGCACCAGCCAGGCGGAAGCAGGUGGGCAGGCCGACAACAAGCAGGGAGAAGGCCCCAUAUGAAGGUUUAAGUAAGCGCACAAGGUUUUGCGGUAUUUGCAGGCAGCAAGGCCACAAAUGCACCACCUGCCCGGAACGCGGGGAUGUACCAAAACAGCCAUGGAAGCCAGCGAGAUGCAAGAACUGUGGAGUCGAAGGUCAUCGCAUGAACAACUGUCAGAAGGUUGCAGAACUGAGGCUGAGAUAAUUUGUAUGCGGCCUGUGUGGUGAGAGCUUUGAUAAGAAAUACAUUACUUUACAAUGCAUGCAGUCUGUAAAGUCUGGGUGUAAACCAGUGUUUGUUUUCGAAUCCAUGUAACAGAAUUUGGUAUGUCUGUUUGGAAUGCAUAGACUGAAUUUUCUGAAAAUGUACUGAAGGUUGUCAGUUACCUAUGAGAAUGGACUCAUGUUUGUUUCAGAGAGGCUCCCCUUAGAAUGCAGACGUCUGCUAUACAUGUGUGAUGUUUAUGGUUGCUGCCCAAGCUGGAUUUCCUUGGACGGCCAAUUGAAAAUCAACCAGAAUGUAUUUUUGUGUCCAUGCCAUGUGUAAGCCAACCUGACCUUGCCCAUGCUGACCGAGGGACAACAGUAAAUGUAGUGGACACAUGUCGUGCCUAACGCUGAAGCCAGCCGGGUGGGCUUCCACUUCGAAAUUCAAACCUUGUGGGCGGGAUGCGGGCAUCCACGGCGUACAAAUGGGCGAGGGGGGCUAGCUCUUGGAGCACCUCAUAGCCAUUCACAUUUUAAAGAGACCUGAUGGGAGCUUCAUCAGUUUCUCGUCCUACCUCGUCGUUCACAGUUACUGAAGACUGCUCAAAGGGUUGCAAUGGAUCGAUCCAGGUGGCUGCUGCAUCAAAACCAUCCGUUAACCAGGGAGAUGGUGAUCUAGAUGUGAUUAGCGAUAACUCAGGCAUCUCCACGGUGUCUGUGCAGCGGCGUGGACGAAGUACCAGUUCAAGAUGAAGCAGGGGAGCUGAUCCUGAACCAGAAGAUUGAAGGGGGUGUAGCAGCAGAGGAAGGGUUCGGAGAGCACGACCCUGCUGCUAAUCAAAUGCAGUCUGCCCUAAAAGAACCCAUGAAAGUCAACUUAGCAGAGGUUGGAGAUGUGGAGGAGAGUAAUCGGCGUAUCACCAAACGUGCUAGAAUCAACCCUGUAUCUGCAGUGUAGACCGCAUGUUGUUCAUCCAGAUUAGGCAAAGACGCCUUUGCCGUGCUGAUGGUGUAUCUACCGACUAAGUAUUAUGGUCCUCUUAAGUGUGUUUGUAGCUUCCUUCCUGGUUGAUGCGUGGAGUAGUUAACUAAGUAGUAUGGCU